AUGGCUAUGGAGGUUGUCCCUAGUCGAACAAGAAUACUUUUGUUUCUAGUUACUUUCAUGAUCAUCACAACCAUACUUUUACUCUCAAUUUCAAACUCAAAAACAACAACAACGUCUUCUGGGAAAGAAGGCAAAACCCGAAAACAAGAGGAAGACAAAAACCGUGAAUCAUUCAUAGUUCGCUGCCUGAGGCGCCACUUCGGUCCAUUGCCUCCACCACCAAAGGAUGAAAUCAGGCGUACACUUGCAAUAAUGGACCCUAUACUGUGCAGAGAAACGAUUCGUGGCAUUGGUUUUGGUAUUGGGGCAUCAGGCAAAAUACCACAUUAUCUUAUUGAAGCCUUGAAGAAGCUUCCACAAUUCAAGAACAAUGAAACUGCUUUGAACACUGUUCUUUCUAAAAUUCUCUCCUCCUACUACCACCACCGAAUAGCUGAGCCUCCUAUUAUCAGACCAUUGAGUAGCUGA